AUGAAUCACCGUUUCAACCAUGCAAAGAGUAUUGCUAAGGAGUGCCAUGGGAAAAUUCCCGUCUUGAGAGCUUUGCCCAUAAGAGUUCUUGCCGUUAUUAUGGCAGUCGCUAUUGUGAACAUGCUCUGUUGGGUGGGUGUGGGGGUUGUCUUAGUGAGCCUCCCUUUGCUCUUUCUCCCUUUAUUUCUGCCAACGGAUUCUUCGGUUUUGGCGUAUACUUUGGGGUUGAGACAUGCUCUUGAUGCCGACCACAUUGCUGCCAUCGAUCUCACUACAAGGAAAUUGAUUGCAUCCGGACAGCGUCCUGUUACCGUUGGGAUGUAUUUCAGUCUCGGACAUUCUACAAUUGUCAUAAUCACCUCAACUGUGGUUGCCGGAACAACUGCCGGUGUGAGUAAACACUUCGAUGAUUUUGCCCGUGUCGGCAGCAUCAUCGGAACUUCUGUUUCUGCGGCCUUCCUGCUUAUUUUGGGUGCAAUAAACAUAUAUAUCUUGUAUAAACUCUUCAAGCAAUUGAAUAUUCUCUUGCGUUCCAGCCAGGAGGGUAUUCUGUUCAGCGAGGGUAUCGUGGGUGACUGGGAUACUCCGGGGGUGGGGUGCUUGACGAGGAUGUGUCGCGCACUUUUCAGGUUCAUUGAUCGGCCGUGGAAAAUGUACCCGUUGGGAGUGCUCUGUGAGUUCUCCUGCGUUUUGGGGGUUGCCCUUCUCGGAAUCGCCUCCAUCGAGGCGGCGCACGGGACGAGCAUCUGGGUUAUCCUAAUUUUCCCAGUCCUUUUCACUGCGGCAAUGUGCCUCGUCGACACAACUGACGGAGCCUUGAUGUCAGCCCUAUACACCACCUCCUUUGCCCACGAUGACAUAGCAAUCGUUUACUACUCCAUAGUCCUAACCACCCUAACCAUCCUGGUAGCGGUAGUGAUCGGUGUGAUCCAAAUUCUCUCUCUGAUCCACCACGUCAGAGAACCCACGGGGCCUUUCUGGGACGGCGUCAAAAAGGUCGGUGAGAGAUAUGACAUUGUCGGCGGGUGCAUCGCCGGUUUAUUCGUAGUUACAGGGAUCAUGGCAUACUUUAUGUACACACCUAUCCGUGAGACCAUCGACCGGAAGAGGUUCCUGAUCGAGCACGCUGCAUCCGCCCCGUUCAGGGAGGGUGUCAGUGCCGCUCCGACAGACACACCCGGAGGUGCUAAUACUACUACGAGGGUUUCUCUGCCCGAGGGGGAAGUGGGGAGUGGAGGGAAAGACAGAGGGAAGACUGGUGAGGCUGUUGUUAGACACUUUGAGGGAAAGGGGGGGAGCUCUGGGAUGUGA